GCAACGAUCGGCCGGUCUCGGCUCUCCCCGCGCUCCAUACCGUACCGCACAACGUCAGUCACUCUCCGGCGCUCGCGCGACAGAGUACAUACCAGUGCGCGAAUACAGUUCGACCAAAAAAUUUUCCCUUUUUCCGGCUUAAACGCUCGUACUAUCCGACAUGUCGAAAGAACGUAAUCGAAGCCAACAGUGACGUUGAAACACUGAUAGUAUGAUAACAAGUGAUUGAGUGCUGUUGAUCGAUGAUAUUGAUUGAAAUUUUCGCGAUUAGUGUGUUUAUACCUCAGCCUGUGGUGUUGCACUGAGGGAAUAAAAAUAUAUCUCCAUCGGAGAUUGAGUUCAAUGUGCUCCAUGCAAGCCGGCCAACCGCAGUGAUAAUAAUUCCGCUGGCUUCAACAUUGUCGCGAAUUUUGAUGGAGUGAAGCUGAAAUAACAGUUCUCACUAAAAACAGAUGAUAUUAAUGACAUCCCACUGUGUGGCACACUCGUACGUUUGAAAUAAAAUACAUAGGAAAAAAGUGACGCGUUUGCCGGCAGCCGGCGUCUCUCCACGCGGCCAUACAGUGCAUAUGAUGGAUACUUUUGUGAAUUCAACGUUAAUAAAACUCGACAUCAACCAGACAGAUCAUUGUCACAGUCUCUCCUCUCAUGUUGCCAUCUUUCUCUGAGUUUUGUGAGCCCAAUUUGAUUCAACGUGUUUUUUUUUUAAUUUUAAUUUUCCUUUGUUUUUAUUCUCACUUGGUUGAGUGUGUUGUGACGCCAGUGCGGCGAGGUCCAGUGAAAAAUACCGGGAAGUCGAAGGGGGAGAGGGAGCUGUAUGCUGUACUCACCGUUUAUGUCCUACCAGAGGAGACAAGGUCAUUGAAAAAAUAACAGUGCAGAGGGGAGCUUAUAUUUGUUUUGAUAUUUGAUACUUCAGUGAAAGUGAGGGGUUUCGAUGUUAUUCACGUGUAUUACGUACCGGCGUAUAUAUUGCACGAGUUUUUUGUUAAUCUCGUGCUGUGUUAAAUUGCAUUUAUUUUGUUAGUGAGUGAUUAUUGUUGAACGGGAGGGCGUGAUUGAGAUAGAAAAAGUGUUUCACAUUGGUUUAAAUUAUUUUUUAAAUAAUCCAAGAGUCAUUGCAAUCAUGGAUAUCCUGCCGAGCGGCAACAUAUUCAGGGAAUUGCAGGACAUACACGAUACGGGAUAUUUUUCGGCGCAGCCCUCACUCGAGGAUCAUUGGCAACAGACCUGCUACGAGAUGGAGAGGUACCUGAAAGAUGAACCUAAGCUGCAAUCGUACAAAAAAUUACCCACUGAGCUGGAUACAGCGCCGUGGAACCUAUUCAGAGCGCCAGCACGAUCGUGGACCGCUACUACUUGUUCUACUACCACACAGUAUCAACCCCAAAUCAAAAUGGAAGUGAAGAGGAAAAUGUCAUUUCAAGUGACAACAUCACACGACGACAGGGAUCCUGUGUGUCUUGAUGAAAUGAAAUAUAGUCCAGGUGAUCACAACCACAACGGACGCGAUAGGGAUUUACUAGAUCGCCACCUUGACUCACUAUCAAUGUCUUCAGCUAGCUCGGCAUGUUCUGUAUUAUCGUGGGACAGCUCGCCGACCCUCUCCUACAGAGCGCUCAUCCUCAAAAAGGAAUCAAGUGAAGAUCUGGAGGAGGACGAGGAGCAUGAAGAAAUUGAAGAGGAAGAGGAUAGUGGAUGCGAGGGAGAGGGACAAAUUCUAACACCACCAUCAAGCCCAGAAUCAGGUCAGGGGCACUCAAAUUCCAGUCACUCGUCGAGUGGUAGCUCGAUGCUCGAUGUACACAAUCUAAAUCUCCAUGGUACUGGUGGUAGAAGUGCAAUCGUCAGGGUCACAGCCAGUAAUGGUCAGGGAGUCGCUAGAUUAAUCUCGGUAACGGCGAAUGGUUUUCCAAACGUUACAAGUACACAACACACUACGACGGCAGUGGCGACAGCAGUUGCGAAUAGGCAUCACGCAAGGAGUCACGAACACAGUCCACAGGACACAAAACGCAGGAUACACAAGUGUACGUUUCCAGGGUGCAAAAAAGUGUAUACCAAGAGUUCACAUUUAAAGGCACAUCAAAGGACACACACAGGUGAAAAACCAUACAAGUGCAGUUGGGAGGGCUGUGAAUGGCGAUUUGCACGUUCCGAUGAAUUAACCCGCCAUUAUCGCAAACACACAGGAGCCAAACCAUUCAAGUGCCGGCACUGCGAUCGCUGUUUCUCACGCAGCGAUCACUUAGCCCUGCACAUGAAGAGACACGUCUAAUCAAAUCCCCUCAGCUUGUCCAUGUGUUAACCAGCAUUUUGUGAUGCCAACAGUCACUGCAUUGAGCAAUAAAAAAAAAAGAUACAAAUGUAAAUGCCAAGGCAUCCUUUCGCCAAGGACGAUACCUUGCUUCUCUGUCAUCGUUGUGAUGUCGUCGUCCUCGUUAAUGUGUUACUAAUUCCAGCCUGAAUUCUAAUUCAUUUUUGGAUAUUAAGAUAUAUGAUAUAAUUCAACAAAUGUAACAAAGAUAUGAACAAAGGAAUGUUGAUCACUGCCAAUAAAUUACGUUGAAAUUUACGUUCUUUGUCAUCGAAAUUUUGAAUAUUCAUUCCGACAAGUUAUUGGGAAUGGAGAUAAGAUCACAUGCGUAAUGGAUUAUUAGUCAAAUGAUAGUAGAAUCGAUGAGAAAUUAGGAAAAAUUUUGUUAGUGAUUGGGAUCGUGUGAAAAUAUUACAUCGUUUGAAGAGCCCGAGUGAUAGUUACCGCGUGUUUUUAUGGAAGAUGCUCCUGUACUCCUGGAUUUUAUUUUUUUUUAUUCAUUAAAAUCCAGCGAGACUGUGGAUCCACGGUGCUAAAUGACAGAUUCAUGUCUAUUUUCAAUGGAAAAUAAUGGAGACGAUAGUUUUACUGUCUCAGUGACUCCAUCGAACGAUGUAAAAAUUUUAGACAAUUGGAAUAUUUUAGUGGGAAACGAAUUAAUUAGAUCGAUAGAGAUAUUAGGAGAUGAAAGAGAAAGAGAUGAGAAUGAUAAAUUUUUCGUAAUUUCAAUAUGUAAAUUAAUUUUUUGCAAUAGAAGAGAAUAGUGCAGUGAGACCAGUCGAUCGUGAAAGAGGUCUCAGUGGUUGCAUGUUCAUUUUAUCUUUUUCUCCUCAAUUUAAAAAUUAAAUUUUCUUCGCAGUCAUGUGAGAAUCGAUAGGCGUGCAAAAGUAUAAUGUAAUUAAAAGUUGAUAUGUCGAUAAAGUGGGAAAAAUCAUCGAAUCAAGAAUUUCACUACAAACUCAGAACAAAAUAUAUAACUAUACAUAAUACUGAAUUCUUCCAAGUCCCCCUGAGGGAUGGAAAAUAAAUAUUUAAAAAAGGUAAUAUCGAGGACGACUAAACUGAAAAAAAAUAACUACAAAAAGGACUAAGAAUUUUAAAUGUUCAGUGGCCAAAUUAAUUAAUUGAUAAAACUCGUAGAACGUAAACGUCGUAUUUUUUAGAAUAAUUAAGCGCAGAAAAAUAAGAGAAUGAUUGCGAUAGAAAGAGAGUAUUAAUUAAAGAUAAUUAAAUGAAUGAUAUAAAUGAGAUAAAUAAAAGUGUGAUGUUAUUGCUGACUUAUGUUUGUAAUCGGAAUAAAUGUGAUGGCGUUGAUUGCUGAGCAUCAAUGUUGCGAGACAAAAAAUGAUAUAUGAAAAAAUAUACAAAAAAAUGCAAAUGAAUAAAAAUCGACGCCCAAAAGAGUGACUGAUGAACAAAGUGUGUGAGUGACGAGAGCAACUGCUGAGUUUGUAUAUCGUGCAAUUUUUCAAUGUUUCAUUAAUUUGUUACCACGUUUCACACGAUUUUAAUUAUUAAAUAGUCUUUAAAAAUUUCUAGAGUUAAUUAAAACGAAAAUUUAAAAAAAAGUAAAAAAAAUGAAUAAAAAGUAAGUAAAGGAGGAAUUUAAAGUGAGAAUUGUAAAUGAAAUAUCGAAAUACAAAGAAUAGGAUUUGACAUUAUACGCAACAGAUCUUUUUUGAUUGGCACUGGUGGAGCGACGCCGAUCGUCGAGACGCUAACUCGCAAUUUAUUAUCGGAUGAAGAAGAAUUGAUCGUAAAAUGGCAAUUAAUGAAACGCAGGUGUUUACAGUGAUUUUCAAAACAGAAUAUUAAAAAUGAAUUAAAAUAAAAAUCAACAAGGAAACGCUUUCGCCAAAUCAUGGUCGUAUCGGCUUCUUUAUAUGUAGCGGGUUAUGAAUUAUCUGAAAAAUAUGUAUAUAUUAGCCACACGUGCACGCCCUCGUUUUCACUUCGAGUUUAUUGAGACUGGUUUUGCCACGGGCAGUGUUACGCUACUGUUUUGUGCCGUUGGUAAUUUUCCAUAACGAAAGAAAUUAAAUGAUUAAAAAAAACAUAAUUAAAAGUGUAUUAUGGAAUUGACGUUUUAUUUUCUCGCAUAUGUAUAUUGAACGUUCAACGAGACAUGUUUUGUAUCUACUUUUUAUUCCUCCCAGAAUGUGAAUAAAGUGAAAAAGCAAAUAAAAAAUGAUAAAAAAGUAAAAAAAAAAUGAUAAAAUAA